UGGCCUCGGAAUAUCGACGACUCGGGUUUAGCGCAUAAAUAGACGGCAUUUUUUCCCUUGAAAUAACAAAAACAACAACAGUAAAUUUAGUCCUGGUCCCGUCGCGUUUCUCUUAUCCUCGAGGCUUCGCUCUUGCGUAUACCCCACUCCCCUUCCCAUUUAUUUGUUGACCUCCUUCCCCAUAUCUUUUCGUGUUUCAUAAAAUCUCCUUCCCACCCCCUUUUGCCUCUUUUCUCGUCAUCCGAAAGAUGCCCCCUAAAAAGAGCGCCCCCAAGGCCUCCCAAAAGCCUUCGGGUACAUCCAAAAGCACCACAACCACCAAGAAGACUACUGUAACAAAAGCCGCAGCCAAGGAACGGACCACAAAAGCCAGCGCAGCCAAGACCAAAGGCAGCGAUGUGCGCACAAAGACUACCAGCAAAGUUGCGCGUACUGCACCCCCCAAACGCAAAGCUGAAGUUGUUGAGGAACCUGUUCGCGAAACAAAGAAAGCACGUGUUGUGGAACCUCGUGUCACAAAGCAAAAGCCCAAAGUGGUCAUCAAUCAUGCACCGACGACUCGACUGAAUGUCUACGUCUGUGGGGAAGGCAGCUCAGGCGAACUCGGUCUCGGACCGGAAAAGACUGCUGUUGAUGUGAAGCGGCCGCGUCUUAAUCCACACCUGCCAGCAGAUAAAGUUGGAGUAGUGCAAGUCGCUGUGGGCGGUAUGCACUGUGUUGCUCUUACUCAUGAUAACAGGAUCCUUACCUGGGGUGUGAACGACCAAGGCGCGCUCGGGAGGGAUACUACAUGGGACGGAGGCUACAAGGAGAUUGAGGAGAAUAAGAGUGACGCGGGCUCAGAUUCCGAUUCCGAUGAUGAAUUGGCACUCAAUCCGCGCGAGUCAACACCAAUUGCUAUUCCUUCCAAUUGUUUCCCCGAGAGAACCGUUUUUGUUGAAGUUGCUGCCGGGGAUAGCUCGAGUUUUGCACUUACGGAUGAUGGGCAGGUAUACGGCUGGGGCACAUUCAGGAGUAACGACGGCAUUUUGGGAUUCGAUAUGACGCAUAAAAUUCAGCCGAUCCCAAUUUUGAUCCCUUCACUGAAGAAGAUAAAGCAUCUAGUCUGCGGUGAUAACCAUGUUCUUGCUUUGAAUGAUAAAGGCGCUGUAUUCUCGUGGGGAUCCGGUCAGCAGAAUCAACUAGGUCGUCGCAUUAUUGAGCGGAACAGGUUAAACGGCCUCCAACCACGUGAGUUUGGUCUGCCUAAGAACAUUGUCCAUAUUGGUAGCGGCGCCUUUCAUUCCUUUGCUGUCCACGAAUCUGGAAAGGUUUAUGCGUGGGGCUUGAAUAGUUUUGGUGAAACAGGCAUUCCGGCUGGUGCAGGUGAAGAUGAGGCUGCCAUUGUGCACCCUACUCUCGUGGAAUCGUUGUCAGGGAAGAAAAUUUCUCAAGUUUGUGGGGGUGCUCACCAUUCGAUUGCGGUUUCUGACGGCGAGAAAUGCCUUGUAUGGGGUCGGUUAGAUGGUUAUCAAACAGGCUUGAAAAUUGAUACUCUGUCCGAUGAAGCCGUUAUUAAGGAUGAACGCGGACGCCCCCGUAUCUUGAUUGAACCUACUCCUGUUCCAGGAAUCAAAGCAAGCAGCGUGGCAGCUGGGUCUGAUCAUUCAAUUGCUAUUGAUGCCGAUGGCCGUCCCUGGUCCUGGGGCUUCUCCGCUACCUACCAGACAGGCCAAGGCACUUCGGAUGAUAUCGAGGUCGCAACCAUUGUUGAGAACACCGCGGUUCGUGGCAAAAAGCUAAACUGGGCUGGCGCCGGUGGCCAGUUCUCAGUCUUCACAGAACCAGUGAGCUUGUAAAAUAGCUGACUGCUGUUUCCACCUCAUGCCUUCACCAGGAUUGGAGAGCACAUUGUAUGACUUUCUGUUCUCGCUCCUUUUCCAUUUUUCCCUAGUAUUCUCUUUUCGUCUUAAUAAACUUGCGUAAUAAGCAACAUUCUACUCUUGUCAAAGUCUUGCAUAGCAAUCAAAUUCACUCUAU